UCCGAUCUUGACACAGCCGGUCGGCUUACUUGAAAGGCAACACCUGUACGCUUUAACUAAGAGGAUCGGUCUGGCUGUAGACAGCUUAACGUCGUGGAGUUUUUUUAAAUCUAUAUAAAAGUUAUGGAUUUCGUUCUAAGCGGAGCAGCCGCUUGCGGAGCGUGUCUCUUCACUAACCCUCUGGAGGUUGUUAAAACGCGGAUGCAGCUGCAAGGCGAGCUGAAAGCGCCCGGGUCAUACCAGGUGCAUUACCGCAACGUCUUUCACGCAUUUUACACCAUCGGGAAAGUGGACGGCUUGGCCGGGCUGCAGAAGGGCUUGGUCCCCGGUCUGCUGUACCAGUUCUGCAUGAACGGGGUCCGGCUCGGGUCCUUCGCUGUCAUCGAGUCAGCCGGUUACAUCCACACCGAGGACGGCAGAGUAAUACCCGGCAAAAGCAUCGCUGCCGGAGCUACAGCCGGGGUCAUAGGCGCUGUUAUGGGGAGUCCCGUCUAUUUGGUAAAGACACACCUGCAGAGUCAGUCUACCUCCUCAAUAGCAGUGGGGCACCAGCACUGUCACCAGGGAAUGGUGCAGGCGCUGCUGCGGAUACAGAAGCAGCACGGCAUUCUGGGAUUGUGGAGGGGGGCGAGCGCGGCCGUGCCUCGGGUCACGGUGGGGUCGGCCUCCCAGCUUUAUUCGUUCACCGCCUCCAAAGAGUUUAUCCGUGACCUCCAGAUCUUCCCGUCAGACAGCUGGCUUGUGGCUCUCUCGGCAGGCAUGGUCAGCAGCGUGGUGGUGGUCGUGGCCAUGACCCCCUUCGACGUGGUCAGCACGCAGCUCUACAACCAGUCCGUGGACAGCAGGGGACAGGGUCUGUUGUACCGCGGCUUUGUGGACUGUUUCAUGAAGACGGUUCGGAAGGAGAGCCUGCUGGGAUUGUACAAGGGGAUCGGAGCGUCGUACUUCAGACUCGGCCCGCACACCGUCCUGUCUCUGCUGUUCUGGAACGAGCUGCGCAAGUUUUAUUCUCAACACCAGCUGCAGAGCUAGCGGAGCGACAACAGAACCGGACUCUGCCCUGCCAGAAACACCCUGAACUGGGCUUGGACCUCUAGCGCUGCUGCUGCUGCACCCAGUCCUGGGGUUCAGAGCUCCCCUCAAUGAGGUCCGUUAUUAUUAUUAUUAAUAUUGAAAUGAUCAGGAGCCAGGAGUUUGAGCAGGGUUACAAACUCACACUAGCCCUGCUGCUGCACCCAGUCCUGGGGUUCAGAGCUCCCCUCAAUGAAGUCUGUUAUUAUUAUUAAUAUUGAAAUGAUCAGGAGCCAGGAGUUUGAGCAGGUUUACAAACUCACACUAGCCCUGCUGCUGCUGCUGCACCCAGUCCUGGGGUUCAGAGCUCCCCUCAAUGAAGUCUGUUAUUAUUAUUAAUAUUGAAAUGAUCAGGAGCCAGGAGUUUGAGCAGGGUUACAAACUCACACUAGCCCUGCUGCUGCUGCUGCUGCUGCACCCAGUCCUGGGGUUCAGAGCUCCCCUCAAUGAAGUCUGUUAUUAUUAUUAAUAUUGAAAUGAUCAGGAGCCAGGAGUUUGAGCAGGGUUACAAACUCACACUAGCCCUGCUGCUGCUGCACCCAGUCCUGGGGUUCAGAGCUCCCCUCAAUGAAGUCUGUUAUUAUUAUUAAUAUUAUUAUUAUUAUUAUUAUUAUUAUUAUUAUUAUUAUUAUUAUUAUUAUUAUUAUUAUUAUUAAUACUGAAAUGAUCAGACGAUGCAAACUCCACAUGCCUCCUUCGAUACGGUAUAUUAAAGAAAGUAUCACAGCUUAUCGCUACGCGGUUACCUGUCGCAGCGCUGAGAGUGGAGUGGUAGCGUGGGAGAACUGAUGAGAAAUUAUAGCCUGUGCAAGCUCUUCAUGAAUAGCACACGGUUUAAUGAAAUCAUCUUUGCUUCUGUCGUGUGCAAACCUUACAACAGGCUAUCUGAAUGUAUAAUCUGUAGUAUUUUGUAUUUAAUUAUAUCCUGAUGUAAAUAUCACUGACACUGUCAUCUGCUCCGUUAUUGAAUCGGAUUUUGUCAUACUUGUACUUGCUAGAACCAAAGUCAUUGUAUUUAUCUUGCUCUUAAUUGUAUUAAUACUUGUACUGUGAUUCUUGAAAUGUAUUUUUGUUUACGACUGUAAAUCGCCCUGGAUAAGGGCGUCUGCUAAGAAAUUAAUAUAAUAAUAAUAAUAAUAAUUAAACUGCAAUGGCUUGUGUAUUUUAUUUUGUACUAUGUGAAUAAUAAAAUCAUAGUUAAUUUAUAAUAAUACCAAUAGUUUUAAAAAAAUGCUGUAAAUAAAAGAUUUUUUUUUUUGGUAUUGUUGAGAGCUUUUGUGUCAGAACAGCGGUGUGCCAAAUCGUAUUUUCCCAGGUAAUUAGCUUUAAGGAAUCUGAAGUGGUUAGUUAUGAAUUAAAUGGAA